AUGGAUUCGACAGGAAAACAAGGAUCCGCUAACUUACAACUCAGUAACACCAGUAGUAUUUUCAUCGAUCAUUACGGCAACUUUUGCGUAGCUGACGGAGAUAAUGAUAGAAUUCAAAAAUUCUCUACGAAAUCAACGAAUAGUGGUGUAACUAUUACAGGAAGCAGUAGAAUCAUGAAGUAUCCUGUUGGUGGUGUCAUUAAUGUGUCUACGUUCGCAACACUUCUUGGUUUUGUCAACAGCAUCCCUAGUAAUCUCGUCUUGGAUGUAUGCAAUAGCGUUUAUGCCGUAGAAUCAUUGAAUGGAAGCAUUUUGAAAAUCAGCAGUAGUAAUUCUACAGGAGAACAGAUUGCGUCCAACUUAAUCAGUCCCAAUGAUUUUGCACUUGAUCCAUACGGAAACCUUUACAUCGUUGGAAGAGAUGUCAAUCGUGUGUAG